CGGAAAGGCUGCGGGCAGGCAGCACCGCCACUGCCCCGGGUGCCGAGCCGAGCCGGCGGAAAGGGCUGCCGAGGCGGGGGCAUCGCGGGGCGGCCACAUCAGCCCCCGUCUGCCGAGCGCCGGCGCUUGGCUGCCGAGCCGCACGGCGGCCCCCAGGAGGCGGCGGCGGCCGGAGACGCUGAGGAGGAGCCGCCUGCGCGGCCCAGCGGUGGCGGCGGGCGGGCCGGACACAGCGACCGACCGACGGAGCAGCCGCGGCACGGAGAGAGGGAGGGAGAGAGGGAGGGCAGAGCGGCAGCGCAGCCCGCGCCGGCAGCGCCAUGGCCACCAAGGCUCGUGUUAUGUAUGAUUUUGCUGCUGAGCCUGGAAACAAUGAGCUGACAGUCAGUGAAGGGGAGAUCAUCACAAUCACCAACCCGGAUGUUGGUGGAGGCUGGUUAGAAGGAAAAAACAGUCAAGGCGAGAGAGGACUUGUUCCAACAGAUUAUGUUGAGAUUAUAACCGAAGGUUCAAAAGAUGGCAUUAGCUGUGGUAACUCAUUAGCUGACCAAGCCUUUUUUGAUUCUCUUUCUUCAAAUACACCUCAGACCAGCUCUGCUGCCAAAAGCAGUAAUCAGGCAAACAUUGCCAAUGAUCCUUGGUCCAGCUGGAACGUUGGGAAGUCUGGGAACUGGGAUAAUGGAAAUGCUGUUGACAGCUGGGCAACAAAACCUGAAAAUGCAGCUGGCCAGAGAAACAGCGCUUCAAAUAACUGGGAGGCAGCAGCAGCAUUUGGUCAUCCACAGGCAUAUCAAGGACCAGCAGCUGCUGAUGACGAUGAUUGGGAUGAUGACUGGGAUGACCCAAAAUCAACUUCACCAUCUUACCUUGGUUACAAAGAGACUGAGACAUCAGAAGCUGGGGGGGUCCAACGUGGAAAUUCUCGUCCAGCUGCUAUGAAGUUACCACUUAACAAGUUUCCUGGAUUUGCAAAACCAGGAAUGGAACAGUAUCUUUUGGCAAAGCAGCUAGCAAAACCCAAAGAAAAAAUUCCCAUAAUUAUUGGUGAUUAUGGCCCAAUGUGGGUAUAUCCUACCUCUACAUUCGACUGUGUGGUGGCAGAUCCCAAAAAAGGUUCCAAAAUGUAUGGUCUCAAGAGCUACAUUGAGUAUCAGCUGACCUGCACUAACACUAAUCGGUCUGUCAACCACAGAUACAAGCACUUUGACUGGUUGUAUGAGCGGCUCCUGGUUAAAUUUGGAUUAGCCAUUCCAAUCCCUUCUCUUCCAGACAAACAAGUAACAGGGCGCUUUGAAGAAGAAUUUAUCAAAAUGCGCAUGGAGAGGCUGCAAGCUUGGAUGACAAGAAUGUGUCGCCAUCCUGUUGUCUCAGAAAGUGAAGUUUUCCAGCAAUUUCUCAACUUCCGAGAUGAGAAGGAGUGGAAAACUGGAAAGCGGAAGGCAGAAAAAGAUGAAACUGUAGGAGUCAUGAUCUUUUCUACAAUGGAACCAGAAGCUCCUGACUUGGACAUGGUAGAAAUAGAACAGAAAUGUGAUGCAGUGGGUAGGUUCACCAAAGCAAUGGAUGAUGGAGUUAAGGAGCUGCUGACAGUGGGACAAGAGCACUGGAAGAGGUGUACAGGGCCACUACCCAAGGAAUACCAGAAGAUAGGAAAAGCUUUGCAGAGCCUAGCACUGGUCUUCAGCACUAGUGGAUACCAAGGAGAAUCUGAUCUCAAUGGAGCAAUAACAGAAGCAGGGAAAACUUAUGAAGAAAUUGCCAGUCUUGUAGCAGAUCAGCCAAAGAAAGAUCUUCACUUUUUGAUGGAAACAAAUCAUGAAUAUAAAGGAUUUCUUGGUUGCUUCCCUGACAUCAUAGCAGCUCAUAAGGGAGCAAUAGAAAGAGUGAAGGAAAGUGACAAGUUAGUUGCAACUAGUAAAAUAACGCCACAAGACAAACAGAACAUGGUGAAACGUGUGAGCACCAUGGCUUAUGCACUACAAGCUGAGAUGAAUCACUUCCACAGUAACCGGAUCUAUGACUACAACAGCGUCAUUCGUCUCUAUCUGGAGCAGCAGGCACAGUUCUAUGAAACGAUUGCACAGAAGCUGAGGCAGGCACUCAGCCGCUUUCCUGUGAUGUAGAAAAUAAGGAGUAUUCAACAGUAAAGAACUCCAAAGUGCUUUUCUGAUAUGGGGGCAAUGCUAAUAAAAACUUGUUAGCCAUUGAAAAAAAAAUCCAAAACCCCCAAACCAACAAGAAUCAGUCGUAAGAAAAAGUAUUAUUUAAAAUUUUACUUUACCAGCCUAAAUCAUACAAUAAGGCUUUCCUCUCUUGAAAGCUCUCCCAUUUGUAUCGUUAUUUAAAUAAAAACAGCUAGGUAAUGCUGUCAGUUAUAGGGAUCUAAAUUAUCAAACUGAUAUGUUGCCAUGGACUUCAUGAAAAUCUGUCUAUCAAAUGUUCUUCCAAAAACUCUGGAUCAACACCAGAGUGACACAUUUGUAGCUUUUUUUUAUAAAGUGAGAAAGCAGACAAACUUAAGAAAAUUACUUAAUACUCAUUAUAUUCAGCUGAGCUCUCCAGCAAUUCAGUAACCAGGAGGAAUUAUAUUCAUGUAUGUUUCUGGCACAUGUUUGUGAUAAUCUCCUGAAUGAACUCUUUGUUCUUAAGUUUUGCUUUCCAUAUGCAGCCAUGGCAUGCUGCUCCCAGUAUGACUUCUGGUAAACAUAAAUCAUUCUUCCCUCUCUUCCUUUUCCUUCUAACUAAAUCUUGUGGCGCACCACCUCAGAGCUUAUGUCAGGCUCACUUUUUCACUAUGCACUGUGUAAGAAGACAAAGUACAAACAAGGAACGAGCCAUUCAGGAAAGCGUGAAAAACAGUUUUCCAUGCCAGCACUUUGACACCCCCAAUGUUAUGCCAUAAGGCACUGGUGUUUCUCAGUGCUGUAUAGGGCCAGCUUCCCCUCUGACGGUUUGUACUGUUUCAGCAGAGGGGACACUGCCACAUCUAACCCAGCUAGUAGACAUCCCCAAAUUCCAACUAAGCUCAGGUCUUUGUGUAGUAGUAUGGUGUGCUAUUGGUUCAGGUUAACUUUUUGUUGCCUUCUAAUGCAAACUCAAAGGUGACAAAAGUACUGAAUAACAUCAUUAGUUAUGACACAAACUCUGUUCUUUGGUCAUCAUCUUUUAUCAAGUGACUCAGUGUCCUCUUCCAUACUACUGAAAUACCAUUUGAGGCCUUGGCUUUUCACAGAAUCAAACCAAAAAAGCCACCACCAACUGUGUUCACAAUGGGCACCAAGUACAAUAACUCAUUUCUUGCCAUAGGCAAGCAGGAAAGCCAAAAUGCCGUUUUUUGCUGAAAUGUGCCUAGAAAAUAAAUAUUUUAGUUUAAAAAUAAACAACUAAAAAAGGCAUUUUACCAGUAAGCCAUUCUUAAGUGACGGGUACAGUCUGCCGGUUCAAUAGUUGCCUUACUCUGUUUUGCAUUGGUGUUACUUUUCUCUGCUAGAAGGAAAAUCUGGGUCUGCCUGAAUAACCUGAAACCAAACCAAAUCAAACAAGACUAAGCCUAAGUCUAGAUGCUUCUCAGUGUCACGAGUUUUGUUCACCUUUUAUAAGCCUUGUCUUUUUCUCCUCCCAAUUUUAGUUGUUUGCUUCCAAAAUUCCAUAGCGCGGUGUUGUUUGAUACAGCCAUUUAAAUAUGUACAAAUUGUAAAGAAUGUGUAUAAAUGUUUUACACCAAAUGUAAGAUCUGCUUGCAUGUAGAAGCAGCUUAUAUAAUAAAUUGUUACAAUGUGUACAGUAAAUUCUGAAAUCACUUUUUCAAGCCAGCAUUUUUUUAGCAUUUGUAUAUUCACUUUUUGGUAAUGAAAUCUCUUUGUAACAGACUCUUAAUUUGGGAGGGGGAAGGGGGUUCUUUUUACCAAUCCUUAAAUAGCUCCAUAUGCACUAAAGUUGAAAGCUCUUUAUCUUGAAUAGAUUGUUUUGGAAUCUUAAGUGUAAGCUCUGCAUUCCCAGUGCAGGGAAGCUAUGACAGUAGCAACUGUGUCAGAUGCAACAUUUUGGCAAAAAAAAAAAGAAAAAAAGAGAAGAACUGUUUAAAAAUUUCUAGUAAAAUGAAGUUAAACUGAUAAUAAAUAUUUAUGUGUAUCCACCAGACUAUUUUAUCU